GAGAGUUUACCUGUACAUUAUACAAAGAAGCGGAUUAUCAAACAGAUAAAACUGCAUGAGGCCCAGCGGGUGCCAGGUACCAUCAUUCAGAGUGCUAAAUAAGGUGUACUUACCAACCAGUGUGCUUUGAGGAUUUGAUUCAGACAUGUUCCUACCUCGAACAUCAAAAGCAAGUGUGUCUUUAUACGUGUCACUAGGUGUAACACAGAACGCAAGUCAAGAUGACAUAAAAAGUGCAUAUAAGUUGCUUCACAUCAAGUACACAAAGACAGGAGCAAAGCGAAAGUUGAAGGAAGUUGAGAAGGCUUAUAGCAUUCUUGGUGAUCCAUCUAAGCGAGCGAUGUAUGAUAAACAUGGAUCGGUGAAAUGGUGGGCGAAGAUACAAAAACCAUUCUCACCUGAAGCUAUGGACAAACAAGGUCCCGUCAUGAAGGGUCUAUUGACAUUCUGUUUCACUACGACUUGUUGUUGUUUCUGCUACUGCUGCCAUCACUGUUGUGGCACAUGCCAAUCUCCUACAUGCGACCACGACGACGAUGAGAUCUACAUCAGGACGAAUUUUCCAGAGUACCUCACGCAAGGCUCGACCUCAUCUACUUUCUUCCGAAGACGUCAACAUAAGGAAAUAAAGCAAGCCGCGAGGAGGAGAAGACGAGAUAAUCUGUUCGCGAAGAGGGGUCAGCAGAAGUCGGAAGAUAACAGUGAACAAGACGAACAAGAAUGCGAGGUAAAAGGUGACGACGCGAAUGAGAAGACAGACGGUAACGACAAUCCGAUCAAGAGAACAAAUAGGUCACUUAUUAGUAAGGACAGUGGGUAUGAUCUCGGAGUAGAUAACAAUGGAUAUGUCAAUGAUCUGGAUGGUGUAAGUAUUAAUGAUAGUGAGGGUUUCGGUGAAGAAAUCGAAUUAGAUCAAGCUUCGAUUGAGGUACACGAGAUAGAGAAUCAAGGCAACUCAGUCGACCAAGGGAAUUCUCCUAGUUCGGAUACUUCGAAUGAUCUCAAGGAGAGUAACCUAGAUGAGAUAGAGAAUCAAGAAAACUCAGAGCAAGAGAAUUCUUCUAGCUCAGAAACUUCGAAUGAUCUCACGGAGAGUAACGUAGAUGAGAUAGAGAAUCAAGAAAACUCAGACCAAGAGAAUUCUCCUAGUCCUAGCUCAGAUAUUUCGAAUGAUGUCAAGGAUUGUAGCUUAGAUUGUUUAUGAAAUAAGAUCAGUUUAGAAUGUUCCAAAAAUAAGAUCAAUUUAGAAUGUUCAUGAAAUAAGAUCAAUUCAGAAUGUUCAUGAAAUAAAAUCAGUUCAGAAUGUUCAUGAAAUAAGAUCAGUUCAGAAUGUUCAUGAAAUAAGUUCAAUUCAGAAUAUUCAUGAAAUAAGAUCAAUUCAGAAUGUUCAUGAAAUAAGAUCAAUUUAGAAUGUUCAUGAAAUAAGAUAAGUUCAGAAUGUUCAUGAAAUAAGAUCAAUUUAGAAUGUUCAUGAAAUAAGAUCAGUUCAGAAUGUUCAUGAAAUAAAAUCAGUUCAGAAUGUUCAUGAAAUAAGAUCAGUUCAGAAUGUUCAUGAAAUAAAAUCAAUUCAGAAUGUUCAUGAGAUAAGAUCAACUCAGAAUGUUCAUGAGAUAAGAUCAACUCAGAAUGUUCAUGAAAUAAAAUCAAUUCAGAAUGUUCAUGAGAUAAGAUCAAUUCAGAAUGUUCAUGAGAUAAGAUCAACUCAGAAUGUUCAUGAAAUAAAAUCAAUUCAGAAUGUUCAUGAGAUAAGAUCAACUCAGAAUGUUCAUGAAAUAAGAUCAAUUCAGAAUGUUCAUGAAAUAAGAUCAAUUUAGAAUGUUCAUGAAAUAAGAUCAACUCAGAAUGUUCAUGAAAUAAGAUCAAUUCAGAAUAUUCAUGAAAUAAGAUCAGUUCAGAAUGUUCAUGAAAUAAGAUCAAUACAGAAUGUUCAUGAGAUAAGAUCAGUUCAGAAUGUUCAUGAAAUAAGAUAAGUUCAGAAUGUUCAUAAAACAACAUCAGUUCAGAAUUUGAUGUGGAGGUGUCGUGGUCCAGUGGUUCAUUCACUUGACCCUCAAUCCAAGGGUUGACGGUUCGAAUCUCAGCCCGACACUAACGUUCUUUGGCAAAACAUUAAUCCGCAUUUGCCACUCUCCACCCAGGUGUAAAUGGGUACUUGUCAUUCACUGGGUAAUAAUAAUUGCAAGAACGGAGAACAUCGUUGAAGCUGAUGAGGCUUCCCUGCGUAAACAAAAUUAUUAUUAUUAUUAAAUCAAGAAUGUGUGUGCAUGUUGUUGAAGGUAAAGUCUAGAUGCAUGAAUGUUUUGACCACAUAUUUGAUUAAGACCACCAUUUUCAGGUCAUAGUCUGUAAGUUUUGUAGAUCAACUUUUAUCUCCCUCCAAGAGGCAAGAAAGUGUCCAAGUGUACUAGGACUUUUCUUCACUGUCACGAACAAAUGUCGUAUACCAUCAUGUUUUGUAGUAUUCAUUUGCGAAUGUAUGUAAUCAUUAACAUCACCCAAAGUCAAUAUUCAUGUAUAUCUAUAAUAUAGAUCCAGGUGGUUGAUUACUGAUAGUUUCAAUAGCUUUCCAUUUAGUAAACAAGUUUAAUGACUAACGAAUAUCCUAGUAUUACUGAUAUGAAUAGAAGUGCAAUCAUCUUAUUGUUGUACAUAUAUUUUUGUUGGUGUCGAUUCAGACAGACUUUUACUUAUAUCAUUCAUAAGCAAAGCGGUGGAAUGUGAAAGCUAGUCUUAAUACAUGGAGAUAAAACAAGCGACAGUUUGAUUUUGUAUGAUUAUUAUAUGUAUAAUGUGGUGCAAGUAACUAUAAGGGUCCAUUUAUACAUUUUGUGUUGCAUCUCAAAUGCUCAUCUGACGCGUCAGUGUCUGGCAUUCAUUAAAUGAUUGUCAUUAAUUGCGGUCGAUUCACUUUUUUGGUAAUUUUUUUCUAGUUGUUUAUGGGUUCUCAAUCUCACUUCUUACUUGAAUAUGCUAUGUUUAUUAUGUCUUAUACUAUUUAUGUAUGCCUUUCUGUUUUUAUAUAAUCUACUAUGCGAGUGAACUUUCUAAAUGUCACAAUACAAGUUCUAAAGGGAAAUUAAAGGAAUGUUUUCAAAUGUUUCUUGAAAUGUUUGGAAAUUACGGAAAAUUCAAUAUUUAUUGUAUCAAUAUUCUAAUGAAUGAAUUAAAUCAAAGUUCUAAAGAAGGAAAAUGAUGGGAAAUACAAUAUUCCAAUCAGUAUAUUGUAUCAAUAUUCGAAUGAUAAGCAAAGUUCUCUAAAGUGGAAAUAAUUUAGUGAAAAUUUAGGAUAAAUGUGAAAAGAAUAAGGAAUUUACGCCAUUGGAUGGGCUGAUGCCCAUAUUGGCCCGAAUUCACAAAGGAGGUUUGUCGAUAAACCUAGGUUUAUGUGCAUCAUAUGACGCGUUCCAACGCGUUUUUACCGACCAAGGUUUGUAAAGACGCGUCAUAUGUCGCACAUAAACCUAGGUUUGUCGACAAACCUCCUUUGUGAAUUCGGGCCAUUGAGUUUGAAACGCAAUUCUGGUCAAGAAAGGUAAAAGAAUCCAACCGCAUAAAAAGCGAUCAAUCAUUUACUGAAUGGCGACUCUGGCACUUCAUUGUCACCUAUCUUCGCUCUACUGAUCACGAGCCAGUAAACAGCAAGGAAUUGCGUGAAUAAUCAAAACUCCACAGGAGUGGACGAAAGCAAGCCUACUAAAUGUUAAGGUUGGGAGAAGCUUAAACUACGUGUUAUUUUUUUGUUUGUGAAUUACAAAGUAAUCUCCUGUAAAGUGCGAUGCUAUAACCACAGAAUCUAUUCAUCUUUUUUGUUUGUGAAUUACAAUGUAAUCUCCUAUACAGUGCUAUAACCACAGAAACUAUUUCUCUUUUCUCUUUAAAAGAGACAAUUUGAGUAUUUAUCUUUGUUGUAUGUUACUAAUUUAUCUAUUUCCUCUACAGUGUAUUUGCUAAAGAUGUAUAAUGAAGAGAUUAAUAAAGAUAUAUAUGCUUAAAUCAA